AGCAGGCCAUGUUACCCCACCCCCCGCUCCGCCCACAGCACAGUACCCGGCUCCCGUGUGUCCCGGGGGCAGCAGCGUUAUCCGGGCGGCAGAGUGUUGUGGUGUCGCAGUUAUAGUACAGAACCCUGAGCGCCCGCACCAUGCACCUCGCAGCCCGACUCCUGCAGGCCGUGAGGAGGAGCGACCCGGGGGCGAGGGCGCGAUCUGGAGCCUCCCUCCUCACCUUCCACUGCUGCCCCCAGCACCCUGUGUACCCCUGGCAGAGGGGGUACUGCUGCAGCCACAGAGGGACUGAUGCUGACAAUGUAAGACCACUGGAAGGAGUAAGAAUAUUGGACUUAACAAGGGUGCUGGCUGGACCUUUUGCUACAAUGAUUCUGGGGGAUCUUGGAGCUGACAUUAUAAAAGUAGAAAAACCAGGAUCUGGUGAUGACACAAGGUCAUGGGGACCUCCUUUUGUAGGAACUGAAAGUGCUUAUUUUCUUAGUGUGAACAGGAAUAAAAAGAGUAUAGCUGUUAAUAUGAAAGAUCCCAAGGGAACCAAAAUUAUCCAAGAGCUUGCACAAGCCUGUGAUGUUCUCAUUGAAAAUUACAUUCCCGGAAAACUAGCUGAAAUGGGAUUGAGUUAUGAUGUUAUGAAGAACACGGCCCCUCAUAUUAUAUACUGCUCUAUCACAGGCUAUGGGCAGACAGGCCCUUUGUAUAAAAGAGCAGGCUAUGACGCUGUAGCCUGUGCGAUGUCUGGACUAAUGCACAUCACAGGACCAGAGGAUGGAGACCCUGUCCGUCCAGGCGUAGCCAUGACUGAUCUUGCAACAGGACUGUACGCUCAUGGAGCUAUUAUGGCUGGUUUACUACAAAGAAGCAAAACUGGGAAAGGAAUGCAUAUUGAUUGCAAUCUAUUGUCUUCACAGGUGGCUUGCUUGACUCAGAUCGCUGCAAACUUCCUUACUGGAGGAAUUGAAGCAAAACGUUGGGGAACAGCACAUGGAAGCAUUGUCCCGUAUCAGUCAUUUAAAGCAAAGGAUGGUUACCUUGUAAUUGGUGCAGGCAACGAUCAACAGUUCUCUACUGUUUGCAAGAUCAUGGAUUUAUGUGAACUCAUUACCGAUCCCAGAUUCCAGACUAACAAGCUUAGAGUUCAGUACAGAAAGGAGCUCCUUGAAAUGUUGUCAUCACGGUUCUCAGAAAAAACAACCACUGAGUGGCUUCAACUCUUUGAAGGAAGUGGCAUCCCAUAUGGCCCAAUCAACAGUAUAAAGCAAGUAUUCUCUGAACCCCAGGUUGCACACAAUGGACUUAUUCUAGAAAUGGAUCAUCCCACAGCGGGGAAGAUAUCAGUACCAGGUCCUGCGGUAAGAUUCAACAAAUUCAACAUGUCUGCUCCGAAGGCACCUCCCGUUCUAGGGCAGCACACGGCUGAGGUUUUGAAAAGCAUAUUAGGAUAUGAAGACGACUAUAUUGCUGAAUUGCUGCAAACGAAGACAGUUUAUCAAAAUGUGGUCCAAUGAUGAUGUCAGAAUAUUGAUAAAGUUAGGCUUGUGUAGUAUUCAGCCUACAAGAAGAUUAAUUAAGUAAUGAUCUUGGAUAUACUGUAUGUGUAAUCUAAAGUUUGUAGCUUCAAAUUAUAUUUUUCUCUAAAAGUUUAAUUAAAAUAAUGUUCACUAACAA